UUAGAGGGUGGUGUUCGGAGCUGUUUUCAAGAAGUUUGAGGACUGUUAUAUGAAUUCAAGUUCUUUCUGUCGAAAUUACAAUGAUCAUUUUCACUGGCGAUCUCCCAGGAAUGAGUAAAUAUGUAAAAUUUCAGGCUGACGCUAACACGCUGUUGCAUGUAGUCAUCUCAUCAGUAGUUGAUUUGAGAAAUACUGAGCGACUCUCCGGCUGCACCAUUCCGUUUUUUUUAAACAACAUUCAGUGAAAGUUACACAAUUGCAACAUCCGAGAGCUGAUCUUCCUGUGCUUAGAGAGCUGCUGGCAGCAGACCUCGGCAGGACCGACCGUGCAGUUAAAAGAAAUCAGAUCAAACCGGCUUCGCGCUCAAACUAUUCAAAACAGGAAAGGGGCGAGCUAACUGAUAAUUUGAUAGCGAAAACCUUCAAAGUUCAAGAAAACAGUAGCGUUGGUGGAUUAUGGGGACAACUGCCAGUGCUGCUCAGCACACUGUAUCGACAGGACAGUGCAGUGACAACGGGCAGAGCAAUGGAACCCCUGACAGCAGGCGCUCGAUCAGUGUCAACUCCUUUCAGACAUUUGGCAUUCACAACAAGGCCAAAUCCAUCAUCACCAACAAGGUGGCACCUGUGCUAAUCACGUAUAACUGCAAAGAAGAGUUUCAGAUUCAUGACGAUUUAUUCAAAGCAAAUUUUGCGGUUGGGAGGAUUUCAGAUAACCUGCCGGAACACCAUCUGGUUCAGGGAAAAUAUUUCAUGGUUUGUGACAUCUAUAGCAAGAUAGAUGUCUUGAACACUGCGGGCAGCCACGGAGUGCCCAAUUUCAGGCAGGCCAAGGGGAGCUACCCAGUGUUUGGAAUGGGCCAGCCCAGUCUUAAUGGCUUUAAGAAGGUUCUCCAAAUAUUUCAACAGGAAGGUUAUGAGGACAUUCUGUAUUUCUGUGUUCGAGAGGAACCUGUGGUCUUUUUGCAUGUGGAAAAUGACUUUAUUCCAUAUACACCCAGACGGAAAGAAAACCUUCACGAGAAUCUUCACAACCUGGGGAGAAAUGUGAAAGUGGAACAACUGGAGCUGAGCAUCAGGAAGGAGCUUUACAGCUUUGCUCAGCUGAAUGAAAAUAUCAGUUAUGUCUACAAUGACAUAGAACACUUCAAGGACGAACCUCAAGCCAUUUCUAUCUGCUGUGAAGAGGACAUCCAUGUAACAGAAGAGGUUUAUAAAAGAGCUUUCUUUACCAAGUCUUCUUGCAGGUACCAUCGAUUGCCACUGUCCUUGGAUGGGCUGCAGCUACAAGCACAAAUAGACACGUUUAUUAAUUCACUCAGGGAAACCCCAAGUCUUUUACUUCUUCAGGAGUCCAAAAGACCACCUCCUGCAUUAGUCUUCAGCUGUCAAGUUGGAGUUGGCAGGACGAAUUUAGCAAUGAUUUUGGGAGUUCUUGUGCUAUAUCACAGGAAAGGGUUAUCUGAACAGUUGGGAGCUGACCAAAACCCCAGCAUUAAAAAGAGGGAGCAACUCCAAGUCAUCCGAAAUUUUGCCAAAUCCAUUCCUAAAGGACAACAAAUUGUGGAUGAGGUGGAUGCAGCCAUUGCACUCUGUUCGGAAAUGCAUGACAUUAAAGAAGCUAUUUAUGAAUGCAAACAGAAGUUGGAAGCCAUUGGGGAGACCUGCCAGGCCCAGGGAAAUAGCACCAAGGAAUAUUUUCUCCAGAGAGUACUACAGAGUACAGAGUGUUAUUUCUAUCUUGUUGCUUUUAACUACUACCUUCAUGAACAGUACCCUUUGGCCUUUUCACUUAACUUCAGCAAGUGGAUGUGUAGUCACCCCUGGAUGUUCAGGAUCUUAGCUGGCAUGGAUGUGUCUGAGCUUACAGCACCUUGUGACUUGAUAACAAAAGGCAUCAGACUCUUGGUCACAGACGAAGUUCCAGAUGUGCUUAGCACCAUAAAAGAAAUGAAAGUGGCCAAUUUUAGAAGGGUUCCAAAAAUGCCGAUCUAUGGCAUGGCACAGCCCAGUUUAGAGGCAUGCGGUGCUGUCCUGACUUACCUGACGGAUGGUAAGAGGAACUAUACUAACAUUCUGUGGGUGACGUUGCGAGAGGAAGUGGUGCUGGAAGGCAACAGUCAAAUGUACACUCCCCGGGAACCAGCCGCCCUAGAGCAGCCUAUUAGAGUACCUACAGAGUCACCAGAGCAGUUGGAGAAAUUAGAGAGCAACCUUAAAAAUGAGAUCCUGACAUCACAGAAGUUGCUUGAAGUGCGCCUUGGUGAGGAGAAGCAGACGAAACUGUUUAAAAGCUGCCUCACCAUGCAAGAGAUUUUUAACCAACUGAAAGGUUCCCAUCAAGGCCUGCUGUACAGACGUAUUCCCAUCCUCGACUGUGGUGCACCAAGAGAGACGGACUUUGAUAAGUUGAUGGAAGCCAUAAAAAUGGUUUUAAGAGAAGAUUCCGGUUCAGCAGUCGUCUUUAACUGCCAUAAUGGAAAGGGAAGGACUACAACAGCCAUGGUGAUAUCUGUGCUCAUUUUCUGGCACCUCAAGGGUAUUCCUGAAAACAGUGAGGAUGAACUUGUGAGUGUGCCAGAUGCCAAAUAUACAAAGGGAGAAUUUGAGGUUGUGAUGGAAAUAGUACGACUGCUGCCGGAAGGGCAUAAAAUGAAGAGGGAAGUCGAUUUGGCUCUGGAUGCUGUGAGUGAGACGAUGACUCCCAUGCAUUAUCAUCUGAGAGAGAUCAUAAUCUGCACUUACAGGCAGAUAAAAACAGCUAAAUCGGAAAAAGAAGUUCAGUUGUUGCAACUACGAAGCCUGCAGUACCUUGAACGAUAUAUUUACCUCAUCCUCUUCAACACCUACUUGCAUCUUGAAAAGAAGGAUACCUGGCAAAGACCCUUCAGUACUUGGAUGAAUGAGGUUGCUGCAAAAGCAGGUGUUUAUGAGAUCCUGAAUCGCUUGGGGUUCCUUGAAUUUGAAGAGCCUGAAAACACACCACUGUCUCAACUAUGCUGCCGCUGGUUGCAACAGAGUACGAAUACACUUCCAUUCCGAGGAGAGUUUAUUUAAUUUCUGGACUUGGAAUUUACCAGCUAUCUUACUGAUUAGUCAAUGGUUGUACACAUUUACUUGUCCAAGUUUUUAGAACUGCCUGAUUUAUCCUUGCCAAAUAGCGCUGAGAAAAGUGGCAAGUGGAUAAAACUUCCAAUCAAAAUGACAGGGCUGUGGAGAGCAGUACAGUAUGAUUAAUUUUGAAACUAACAUAGCAAAGAGCCAACAUUGAUAAUGUAUGAUAAAAGUAUAAAAAUUAGGUCCUCAAGAUAUUUGUAGCUUGUGAGAGAACCCUUCAACCAAAAUAAAACAACAGGAUUUAAGUAAUUCCAUUAAUAUCUAAGGUUAUUUAAUUGUUGGCCUUCACAGAAGAGAAUAAUACUACAAAUUAGUUUGUAACCUAAAUAGAUCUAGGGUUAAAGUAUUAAACAUCAUGUUCAUUGUAACUAUGGGAUAUAUUAAUUAAAGAUCACUGAAUAGGAAAACAGCAAAUUCUGUAAGUAGAAUCCAUCAUUCACUUUUUCAAUGUUUAUCACUGACAUAUCCGUGCAUCCUUAAUUUUUCAUGAUUGCAAUGCAUGAUAUUGUAAACUAUGUUAAAUUUAUAAGAUGUCAUAUCACACUUGUAUAUUGUCGCUUGGAUUUUCACAUACUGAAUGUGAUGUUCAAUUCCAAAUGUGGUAUAUUAACUUCCACUGGAUAUGUUACAUUCAUUUAGCAUAAGACACAACUGAAAUGAUAUGCAUUUGUUAACUUUAACGCCUAGAUUCCAGAUGCAUUAUUUUCCUCUCUAGUACUCUUUUGACCACCAAGUUGGUUUUGUACAGUUUUAUGCCAGUGUUGCUGAAUGCAGGAGAGUUAACAAAAUCAAUGUUUUUUUUUCUACAUAGAUUUUAAAUAAGGAUAUAAUUGUGCUUUUGCUAAAUGUAUAACAUAAUCAAAAUCUUUUCAACAAUUGCAUUUUUUAAAAAUUAUAAUAGUUCAAAAACCUACAUUGGAUCUAUAACAAGGCUCAUUUAAAAAUAAGAGGUGGUCAUUCGAGUAUCCUUUUGAGGCUUAAUCAAAUGAUAAGUAUACUUUUGAUAUUGAAAUAAAAUUGUAAAUACUGUGAUUAUUUUUCUAAACUUAGAAAAUUUAUGUAUUUAAAACAUGUUGUCAUGAAUAAUCUUAAUGGUAGUGGAUGCGUUGAAACUUACAUCUUUCUUCCCCAUAACCACCUUCGCUUCCGAAACAACAGAAUCUACCUGCUAUAUUAGUAUAAUUUAUCUUUAUUGUUCUUUCAACUACUCUAUCAAACCAAAAGCAGAAGAUACUGCUUUCCAAUUUAGCAAAAAAUAACAUUAAACCAGAAAUUCACUUCCAGUGCAAUUUAAAAUCAUAAUAAUUGUCAAGUCCAGUAUCUAAAAUAGUCUCAGCAAUUUAUUCUUAACAUUGAUUUUAAGAGUUCUGCGUUAUCAUAUCUUGCAAGAGUUUGGCUGCCUUUUCCAACUCAACAGUUGUUGCUACUUGAAACACUGAAUGCUUUUCAAUAGUAAUGAAAGGAUUAUUAAUGAUUGUGGAACCAUGAUUUUCAUGCAUAUGUAGCAAUCACUGCAGAGGUUUUAGUUCUGCCAAAUAAUAACAUACCUUGCUUUCCAGCUGCUGAGGAUCAGUUCUGAAUUUUGCCACAGGCAAUUUGUUUAGUUGGAAUUUAUGCAGAAGCACAGAGACGGCUGGGAAUGGGAAGCAGAUGUAUGGGAGCGAAGGAAGGAAUACAUAAAAUGCACAUUAAAGAACCAAGAAAUGCUUGCUGCAUCCUUUUUGUUGAACUUGACAGUGGGCUAUUGCACAAUGUAGAGUUUGUCAACCAGACUCCUCAUGUACAUUGGCUCCCAAAUUAGCAUAUGACACCUUACACUUGUAUUUCUUCUCUUCUCCUUAUGCUCAUUCACCUAUUAUGUUAGAGGCAACAACUGCCACAUUUUCACCAGUUGGUGAGUCAUUCCAAGCUUCAGUGCUGUUUUCAAGUGAGUGUGCUGCUGGUUUUGUAAAUCGGGUUGUUUGUGUUUUUUUAUUAUUGAAGCUGCUUCCAAUCAUAUGUAAUUCGUCAAAAGUUUGAUACAAUGUUUGAAGAGCAACAAAUAUGUUAGCCAGAUCACUGCAAACAGAUCAUUUUUGUUCAUUACAUUAUCCUUGGUUACAAAAUAAUAAAUUAUGUUACAUAUUUCAGUAUUAACAAUUUUGUUUUAAUUGUGGAUUAAUUAUUUAAAAUAAAGAUUAGAGCAAAAUAUUUUUUACAUUAUAGGACUUUUGUAUUAAUACAAUUACAAUUCUUCCAAUAUCAUCCUCUUAAUGACAGACACUCAUGUUUCGCAACUUACUGGAGUCGGUCAAUAACAAUCUUACAUGUUGUUAUGCACUGGUGAGAAUCAAAUAUUCGUUAUUUUAAUUAUUUUAUUCCUAUAAAUACUUAAAAUUGGAGAUCCAGUAAACAGUUCAAAUCUAGAAGCGACAGAGGCAGCUCACAUUAAGGACAACGCAUUUUAAAAAAGACCCAUCACAUUUUAUUCUAUUUAUGAGUGCAGGUUACAAGGAAACACGGAAAAUGUGUUUUUUUACAUUCAGUUCCAGUUAUGGUAUCCAGAAGUAGUAGUCAGACAUAGGGCUUGAAUACUAUAAUUCAAGUUUUUUGAAUUACAGUCUGUCAAAGUGUUGGAAGGUUGUGGGUAAAAGUUUCAAAUCAAGGGCCUUGAGUAUAUAAUCCAGAUGGACUAACGAAUGCAAUAGAGAAGGCAUGCAGUGGCAAUGAUGAUAGUUUUUUGCAUGCCCAUUAAGUUGAAAUCUCACAUACUUUUGGUGAUGAAAAAGUUCCUAUUUCAAGGAGGCAAAGAGAUUCAUUGAAUGUCCCAACUCAGACGUUACUAAAACUGAUAAUCUUAUCACAUUUUGUGGGUCCAUGCCAUGUUCAAACUAGCUAUUGCAUUUCCUCUUUGAAUAAACACUGCUCUUUGAAUAUUGGUUGUACUUCAAAAGUCAUGAAAGGAAGUUUUAAAUGCAGAUUUUUGUUUAUACCUCAGCUGUAUAUAGCUAAAGCUACCCUCAUUAAACAAUCAACACAAAAAUGAAUUUAAUGAAAAUACCUUAGACUUGUUUAAGCUUUGUACCUCUUAACUCACAGAGCUGUUAGUUUGGAAGCACAAAGAAAAGUGAAAUAUAAUUAACUUGUAUUAGGUUUUAUGUGCAGCUCAUUGUGUAUAAUGGUGUUAUUAUUUGAUAACUUACCUUGUCAGGUAAAUCCAUGCUGCCAAAUGCAACACAGUGCCAUGUGCAUUUUAGUGUGGUGUGCUCACUUAACAAUCAAAAAAUAAAUUCAAUACACCAAAAAGUUAUGUGUAAUUUAUUUGAUUUAUAAAGUGCUUUUUAAUGACUGCCAAUUUCUCUCAAUUCAUAUCUUGAAAGCACAAAUUAAAAUCAAAUUUUACAGCAUA